GGCGGUGCAAGCAAGCUUCAGUACAUGACCUGAAAGUUAUAAGGGCACAGGGGGAAAAGAUUGAUUGAGGAUGAUGAACGUGAUGACAAAGAGCUGAACAAUGUGAGGAUGUGUGGUUCUGGAAGAAACUGGAAUCUCAAAUUAAUUCAUAUGUGACAUUUCUGAAGAGGGAGCACAGUGACAAGAGAGGAUAAAAGAUAGCAGACACUCCCCUCCAACUCAUUUCUCCGUUCACUCAACUGCCAAGUACUGUACAAGGAGCAUCAAUGGACCUGCCAAUCGACCUCCUCAUCUUUCUCCUCCUCCUUGCCAUCAGUGGAGUUCUUGGAGCGUGUCCAGAUGGAUGCCAGUGCAAAGACAACAAAAUCCUUUGCCAUGGCAGGUCAAUCACAGAGUUUCCCUCCUCAGUGCCCGGUUCCACUACCACCUUCUACAUCUCCAACACCAACAUCACCGCUCUCAAACCUGAUGACUUGGCUGGUAUUGCCGAGGCCCUUGGCAUCUUUGUGGUCAAAGACACUGGGAUCAGAGAAGUAUUCCCUGGCACCUUUGACCUCACCCAUAACUUGGGUGCCCUGGGCUUCACAGGCACUGAUCUGAAUGACCUGCCUGAGGCCCUGUUUCUAAAUCUGGUGAAGCUGGAAUCUCUGACUCUGAGCGGCAACAAGCUCCUGGUGCUUCGCCCCGCCUGGCUUUACUCCCUCGCUGCUCUGAGGACCCUAGACUUCAGCAAGAACCUCAUCACGUCUGUACCAGAGAAGGCCUUUCGCUCUGUCACUCAGCUGGAGCAUCUCACCCUGGCCAGGAACGGCAUCAACCAACUCUACAGGGACACCUUCAGGGGCCUGAGCAAGAUCAAAUCCCUGCGUCUGAACCGGAACACUCUCAGGGAGAUCCCUGCUGGAGCGUUUGAUGACCUGGUAAGCCUGGAGGAGCUCUCCCUGCAGGAUAAUGCCAUCACUCAUCUCCCCGCUAACCUGUUCUCCCAGCUGCAGAGGCUAAAGAAGCUUUAUCUCUCCAGCAACCGGCUAUCUUCCCUCCCAGAGGGGAUUCUCCUCAACCUCCCUAACCUGGCCCAGAUCUCCCUGUAUGAGAACGAGCUCCAGAGUUUGUCCCCGGGAGUGUUCGGCCCCAUGGCCGUGAGGGAGCUGUGGCUGUAUGACAACCGGCUGACCCACCUGGAGGACCACACCUUCAGCAACCUGACCCAGCUGCGUCUGCUGGUACUGAGCCGGAACCAGAUCAGCUCUGUGUCUCCCGGGGCCUUCAGUGGGCUGGCAGAGCUGGGGGAAGUGUCCCUACACACCAACCUCCUCACCAGCCUGCAGGAAGGCACCUUCCAGGGGCUGCAUAAGCUGGUAAACAUCUCCCUGGAGCACAAUUACAUCCACUCCCUUCCUGCCAGGCUUCUCCAGGGCCACUCACACCUUGGCCAGCUGGACCUCCACAACAACUCCCUCCUCAACCUGCCCUCAGAGCUCCUCAGCACCCUCACGGUGGCCAAUGAGGUGCUGCUCGCUGAAAAUCCAUGGAAGUGUGACCAGGACAUCGUGCCACUGCGGGACUGGCUGACACAGAACCCCACCAAGACUAACCUCAGUACUGUGGUGUGCCUCACGCCCUCUGUCUUAAGCGGUGACAGCAUAGCCGAACUGACUGACGAGGAGCUGACGUUGUCCACUCCGACCGCCGUCCCUGAUAUCACCCCGACAGAGAAGAGGAGGAAGCCCCACACCCCAGCUCCCAAGAGGAGCACCCCCUCCCCUGCUGCAGAGGCCACGCCCACGCCCACCCAGGAGCAGGGGGAGGACACCAGCAGUGGGCAGGGGAACGGAGAGGGUGUGUCCAGGAACACGCAGAUCAUUAUCAUCGCGGUGGUCUGCACCGCCAUCAUCACCAGUCUCAUUGUCUGCUGCGUCUGCUGGAGGAGGAACAACAGAGGCAGCCGCAACCUUGGCCGCAGGAACAAAAACAACUCGGUCAUCUAGACUGGCCCAGAGACCCGAGCACCACAUAGGAGGUGUACUGUACAGUUAUGCUGAGCACGCCAGAGCAAACAUCCUGAUGCAGUUGUUCCCAAACAUCUUAGCACAGGAACCCGUCAUGUCUCUAUCAUGUCUCUUCAAGAACUCAUGACCAAGGACAGACUAGCUGGGGCCUGAUCCUUGGGGAACUCUACUUCGAUCGAAUAAGUUGUUCUGAUUGGGAUCCCAUAAUAUUAUAGUUAAGCCAUUUUGCAAGUCCCUCUUCAGCAAGCUUUCGGAGGUUUGAACAAUAUCUUGCACAAAUAACCAAAAAGAACAUCUCAUAAACCAGCAUCUGGAAUAAUCAUAAUCAUAAUCAUCUGGAAAUUGCAUGGAUGGUACGCACAAAAUGCCAUUCAUCUUUUUUUCGAAACUGGUAAAAAAAGUUGAACGUAUACAAUUGAAGUCGGAAGUCACCAUACACGUGGGUUGGAGUCAUUAAAACUCGUUUUUCAACCACUCCACACAUUUCUGGUCAACAAACUAUAGUUUUGGCAAGUCGGUUAGGACAUCUAUCACAAUUCCAGUGGGUCAGAAGUUUACAUACACUAAGUUUACUGUGCCUUUACAGUUCGGAAAAUUCCAGAAAAUCAUGUUAUGGCUUUAGAAGCUUCUGAUAGGCUAAUUGACAUCAUUUGAGUCAAUUGGAGGUACCUGUGGAGGUAUUUGGAGGUACCUGUAUUUCAAGGCCUACCUUCAAACUCAGUGCCUCUUUGCUCGACAUCAUGGGGAAAUCAAAAGAAAUCAACCAAGACCUCAGAAAAAAAAUUGUAGACCUCCACAAGUCUGGUUCAUCCUUGGGAGCAAUUUCCAAACGCCUGAAGGUAUCACGUUCAGCUGUACAAACAAUAGUACGCAAGUUUAAACACCAUGGGACCACGCAGCCAUCAUACCGCUCAGAAAGGAGACGAGUUGUGCCUCCUAGAGAUGAACAUACUUUGGUGCGAAAAGUGCAAAUCAAUCCCAGAACAAUAGCAAAGGACCCUGUGUAGAUGCUGGAGGAAACAGGUACAAAAGUAUCUUUAUCCACAGUAAAACGAGUCCUAUAUCGACAUAACCUGAAAGGCUGCUCAGCAAGGAAGCCGCCAUUAAAAAAAGCCAGACUACGGUUUGCAACUGCAUAUGUCAUGUCAAAGAUCGUACUUUUUGGAGAAAUGUCCUCUGGUCUGAUGAAACAAAAAUAGAACUGUUUGGCCAUAAUGACCAUUGUAAUGUUUGGAGGAAAAAGGGGGAGGCUUGCAAGUCGAAGAACACCAUCCCAACCGUGAAGCACGGGGAUGGUAGCAUCAUGUUGUGUGGGUGCUUUGCUGCAGGAUGGACUGGUGCACUUCACAAAAUAGAUGGCAUCAUGAGGCAGGAAAAUUAUGUGGAUAUAUUGAAGCAACAUCUCAAGACAUCAGUCAGGAAGUUAAAUCUUGGUCGCAAAUGGGUCUUUCAAAUGGACAAUGACCCCAAGCAUACUUCCAAAGUUGUGGCAAAAUGGCUUAAGGACAACAAAGUCAAGGUAUUGGAGUGGCCAUCACAAAGCCCUGACCUCGAUCCUAUAGAAAGCUUGUGGGCAGAACUGAAAAAGUGUGUGCGAGCAAGCCUGACUCAGUUACAUCAGCUCUGUCAGGAGGAAUGGGCCAAAAUUCACCCAAUUUAUUGAGGGAAGCUUGUAGAAGGCUACCCGAAACGUUUGACCCAAGUUAAACAAUUUAAAGGCUAUGCUACCAAAUACUAAUUGAGUGUAUGUAAACUUCUGACCCACUGGGAAUGUGGUGAAAGAAAUAAAAGCUGAAAUAAAUCCUUCUCUCUACUAUUAUUCUGACAUUUCACAUUUUUAAAAUAAAGUGCUGAUCCUAACUGACCUAAAACAGGGAAUUUUUACUAGGAUUAAAUAUCAGGAAUUGUGAAAAACUGAGUUGAAAUGUAUUUGGCUAAGGUGCAUCUAAACUUCCGACUUCAACUGUAUACUGAACAAAUGUAAUGUUCAGCAUAGUCUUAUCACACACCUGCUGUUAUUUUUAGAAGCUAUUUUUUAUCAUUUACUGACUGGAAUUAGGCUACUUUCGGUGUCAUUUUUCUAUAGUGUAAUCAGUAGAUAAAGGCUGGUUUCAUCUACUUGCAAAUGAUUAUGCUCCACACACAAAUUAAGUAAAAUGACUGACUGUAAAAUUAAAUAAAUACACUACAUAGUAGUGAUAUUCUGAAAUGCUCAAGAGACAAGUGUUCAUUGUGUGGCACUGUGUGAUAAAGAGUUAUUAUCCUUCCACAACACCAUGUUGAACUGAUGUGGGGGGAUUCCCGUCUUCUUCAGCCCAUUGUAUUUGGUCCAGUUGUGUACCAAAAACACUUGUUCCUCGGGUAAACAUUGAAGUUUUAAGCCUGGCUAUUUGAAUGAGAAGUUAUCACACUAGUCAAAUUUGGUAUGCACUCUGAGUAGGCUGCACAAAAAAAAAGAUUGAUGAUCAUGUUUAUGCCAAUGGUUUGUGAUGGGGUUGGGAGGGUAUCAGAUGAAAAACUCUGCCAUGACCUUGGCACCCAGUGUUUGUGUGUGUGGGAGAUUCGGACUUUAUCCUUGGUACAUUCCAUGUGUCUAACGCAGAUUGAUGGUAUAGGCCUACUCUUCGCAUUGAAAUGUAAACCACUCAUCUGACUGAACACACUUAACAAGAUAGAGGAUAUAGAUAGUUUUGUUGAUGCUGAGAAUGGAAUGUAUAUGUUUUUAAAUAACAUUCUUAGAACAUUACUAAACUUUUCUUGUGUUUUUUUUGUGGAACAAUUUCUUUACGUUCUGAGAACGGAAUGAAUGUUUUAAACACAAUUCUUAGAACGUUACUAAACUUUUAUUGUGGUUUUUCUGGAAAGCUUUCUUUAAAACCCUUUACACUCGUGGGAAUUGGCCUAAAUGGAUAGGGAUAAAUUGAAAUGUUUCUUACAGAAGAAACAUGAAAAGCAUUGAGGAACUAGAGCAAGCAGACUUGUAGCUGUUUGGUUUGGAACACAACCCUGCAUUCCCGCCAUCACACAAUUACUGCUGUUGUUUAGGCAAUCCAAAAAUGGUCCAUUAUAAAUCGCAAUCUGGGUCAGGUUGGCAUCAUUUGAAAGCUUGUUCUAUUGCCAACUAGCUAAGUUAUAAAAUACAAUAUUACAGUGUUAGUCUUUCACAAUGCAAUUUGGGGAAACAGAUCCUAAUUUUGUUGCGCAAAGAAAGGAGUCAUGAGUGCAGUGUUGUAGUACUCGGGAACGGUUGCGGACUUACAAAGAAAUAUUGCUGUUUUGAAAAGGUGAAGUAACUGCAGUCAACGGUGGUAUUUUGGAUGCUACCAGAGCAUCCUGACUGGUUGCAUCGCUGCCUGGUAUGGCAACUGCUUGGCCUCCGACCGCAAGGCACUACAGAGGUUAGUGCAUAUGGCUCAGUACAUCACUGGGGCCAAGCUUCCUGCCAUCCAGGACCUCUAUACUAGGCGGUGUCAGAGGAAGGCCCUGCUACUCUGUUAUUAUCUAUGCAUACUCACUUUAAUAACUCUACCUACAUGUACAUAUUACCUCAACUAACCGGUUCAGUAUUAACCCUUUCCAACGAAAACUGAAGAGAUUA